CCAUUUUAACUUAAGAAGAAGAAUCAAAAUAAAUUGUAGCUGGACCUGUGGCUAGCACAGCUAGCAGGUAGCUAACAUUUCCAAAGUAAAAAUGAAUUCUAAAUGAAUUAUAUGUUUCCUGAGCACGUGAACAACUUGUUGCUCCGUCAGCUCACCAGUGAUUCUGACGUUUACAGUCAGACCCGCCAUGGACAAAACGUUUAGUCAGUGGAAGAAGCAGGCUCUCAGCAAGCUGGACCUGAGUAAGAAGGGUAGUGUGGAUCAAGAUAUUGAACAUGUAGUGUCUCUGCUCAACAGCUGUGAGGAGUAUUUUACCACCAGCUCCUGCUCCGGUAGAACUAUCCUCAUCGAUGGGGCUCCAGAGAGCAGUGAUGUUCAGAAACAGAAUUGCAUUUGGUUGUUUGUCUCACACCAAAAAUGCACAUCUGAUGACCUGAUGUCUGGUCUGGCCAAGUCCAGUGGAGAUGCUGUGUUGAAGUUUGAACCCUUCAUACUCCAUGUUCAGUGUAGGAGACUGGAAGAUGCUCAGCUUAUGCACACUGUCGCUAUCAACUCAGGCUUCAGGAACUCUGGUCUCACUGUCAGCAAGACAGGAAAGAUAAUCGCAGCAGUUCGUAGCACCCACGGCCUGGAGGUUCCCCUGAGCCAUGAAGGAAAGCUCCUGGUUGGACAUGAUUACAUCCAUUUCCUAACUCAAAUAGUCAAUCAGAAAAUGGAGGAGAAUCUAAGACGGAUCCACAGGUUCUACCAGAACCUUCAGUCAUCUCUGACUACAGAGAAACUACAAACUACGAUUCCUAGAUCCCACCAGGAACUCCAAAAUCCUCCUAACUGCCUAGAGACAGAAAAGGACGAGAAGAACAAGACAACUGUGUAUAAACGGAGGCGGAAGAGAGAACAUCAGACUGACUGUUGCUAUGGUGAUGGGUCCAGCAGUCUGCAAGAGUUGGACGACUGUCUGGAUCUGUUAACAUGAAGUGGUGCCUCUGCACACAUGCCUGCUCUCUCAAGAGCAGGGGCCUUUAUUGCAAAGUACAAGGUCACCAUAGUAAUUUAUGCUACACAGCUAACCUGCUGUGGAGCAGUGUUAAGUCAGAGGGUUGGUUUAAAAUGUGUCAACAGCCUGUCUACAGACCAGUCCACUCACUGGAAUAAUGAAGCUAUCAUGUCUACAGGAACCCAGUAUGGACAAAGCUGCCACAAUAAUGCAACCAAAAAUAAUGAAAAGCAAUAAAGAUAUUUUUAUACAUA